UCGUACAGGCACCAGCCGAAAACUCCUUUCCCUCUCAUAUUCAGCUUAUGAAAUAACUAAGGUGUUCUCUCCAAGUUGUGUAACUCUCAAAGGGCCCUCAGCCUUUCCCUGAGUAUUUCAGCGAAAAAGUUGUCAGUUCCAUUCCAACAUUGCCACGAUGUCAGUGAGAGGAAGCUUGUUUGCCUUGUGUCUUGUUCUCGGAUUGGGAUCCACUUGGGCCAAAGAUAAUGUCCUGGGCACAGAGUUGGAGAUUUGUUCCAUUGAUCCCAUGACAGGUUGGCACCGGGGUGGAUAUUGUCGGACUGAUGACAAUGAUUUCGGCACUCAUACCAUGUGUUCAGUAAUGACAGCCGAGUUCUUGGAAUAUACGAAAGCUCAAGGCAACGAUUUGUCCAAUCCGGCACCACAAUACAACUUUCCGGGUUUAAAGCCCGGAGAUAAAUGGUGCAUUUGUGCCUUGAGAUGGCGAGAGGCCUUCAAAGCUGGAAAGGCCCCGAAGGUUGUAUUGGAGUCUUCUGACGAGAAGACGCUACAAUACAAUACUCUGGACGAAAUUCAGAGCAACAACGCCGCAAAGACAUCCGGCCCAUGAGGGUCAAUGUGCAUUUGGAUGCUUGUCGUAAUGCUUCUGGUAAAACAAGUUGUUUUUGAAACACUGAUCAUUUCGUAAGCCAAAUAACCCGAAUAAAAAGAUCUAAAUGCUGAACACUGAGCGUCUCAUGUCAGUUGCUCAACUAUGGAGGGUAGAAUUGUGUUCCUCGUUCUCUGUGUCUCUGUGUGUUAUGGGUACAACAGUUACAGCCGGAGUCAGAACAACAUCUAUUACCAAGAUCUGCAGCCAUGCUCGUUUAGUCCUUUAACGGGCUGGUUCCGAGAUGGAUACUGCCGAACCAACUAUUGGGAUCAAGGGGUUCACACUGUGUGUGCUACUAUGACCCAAGAGUUCUUGGACUACACAAAAGCCCAGGGUAAUGAUUUAUCCACGCCUCGAGGCAGUUUUCCCGGCCUGAGACCAGGAAAUGGAUGGUGCCUUUGCGCUAUGAGAUGGCGCCAGGCUCUGAAUGCCGGAAAAGCUCCUCUGGUCAAACUCAAUGCGACGCACAAGAAAUCAUUGUGGUAUAACUCCUUGGAAGAUCUGGAAGCUCACAGCGACCAAGCUGUGAGGCCAUAAAAUAAAUAUAUACUACUUACGAAUACGAUACAUUCAAACGCAAUAAGAAUCAACGUUUGGUUAACAUCA